AUGGACCAACCUACCGGAAACCUCGCAAACCUCCUCCCUCCCUCGUGGAAAACCUCGGUAACUGCUUGGCUCGCCGAAGACACACCCUCGUUCGACUACGCCGGUUUCGUCGUCGGUGAUGGUCCCCGCGUUGCUACACUCUGGGGUAAGUCCGCGGGUGUCAUUGCCGGCCGACCCUUCUUCGACGAGGUCUUUGCGCAAUGCGGCUGCACCGUCGAGUGGCACGCCGACGAGGGAAACGCUGUUGAUCUGAGCAAUGGGAAGCAUCGGGUCGCAACGGUCAAGGGGCCUGUGCGUGGCAUUCUCCUUGGUGAGCGCGUUGCGCUGAACACCCUGGCACGAUGCUCUGGCGUCGCUACCAAGAGUCAGCGACUUGUGUCGAUUGCGCGCAAUGCUGGGUAUACGGGUGUGAUUGCAGGGACGCGAAAGACGACGCCUGGUUUCCGCCUGGUUGAAAAGUACGGCAUGCUAGUUGGCGGUGCGGACGCUCACAGAAUGGAUCUCAGCGCCAUGAUCAUGCUCAAGGACAACCACGUCUGGAGUCGAGGCAGCAUCACUGACGCUGUCAAGGCCGCCAAGUCAGUCGGCGGCUUCGCCAUGAAGGUCGAGGUUGAAGUACAAAGUGAGGCUGAGGCUGACGAGGCCAUUGAAGCGGGUGCGGAUGUUGUCAUGCUGGAUAACUUCACUGGCGAUGGCGUCAAGAUUGCGUCCCGAAGCCUCAAGGAGCGCUGGCAAGGGAAGAGACACUUCCUGCUAGAGGUUUCAGGUGGUCUGCAGGAGGACAACUUCGAGGCGUAUCUGUGCAAUGAUGUGGAUAUCCUCUCGACGAGUUCUAUUCACCAGGGUGUGCCUCACAUAGACUUUUCACUCAAGAUUGAGCACUAA